AGUGAAAAGCGCUCACAAAAUCAAAAUCUCGCUAAACCCUUCCUUCCGCUGAUAAAACCCUGUAGAAUUCUCGAGUCUCAGCUGUUGCCAUCAAUGGAGGGAUCGACUUCUGAAACCCCAAAACCCUCGGCGGCAUUUCAGUUCAAUCCUCACCGCAAAUCCCAUCUCAGGAGUCACACUUACUCCACCCUCCUUCGCAUACUAUCUCAUUGCCACCAACAUUCUCACUGCUCUCAUGAUGAUCCUGUUCCAGUUUUGAUUCACGGACUCGUUUGGUUGCCGAGAAAUUCAAGGGAAAAGGAAAGACAUUAAAAAUUUACAUUACAUGACCAUGAUAGCAGUGGUUUAGGGCGGGUGACUGAAAAUGAAGUGGGUAAUGAAUUGGUUGUUUCUGAUACUGUGGAGCCAGAAGAUAUGCCCAUUCAGAAAGACCCAAUAGUUCAUGAAAGUCCACAGGGUAUGCCUAUUCAGAAGGACACAAUAACUGAUGAGAGUGCUGAAGUGAUUGGUUUCCAGGAAGUGGGAUUGAGUAACGUGCAAGUGGUUAUGGAUGAGUUGGAGCAGAUAAUGAGAGGAAAAGAAAACAAGGACGUAGUUGUUGGUAAAAGUAAUAGCUCAUCGAUUUUGUCAUUUGACAAGGAUCAAAACAACACUUCAAGAGAGUUGGAGCAUUUAAUGGAGAAAAAGAAGACAAGGGAGAUGUUGUUGGUAAAAGUAUUAACUUGUUGACUUUGGCAUUGAACAAAAACCAAAGUGCUGAUCAUGUUGAUGCAUGUAUAAAUAAUCAUGAAGAUCGUUUCAAUCUUCAACAUGUUAUCAUGGAGGAAGAUGAGGAUGGGGAACAGGUAAAAGCAAGCGAUGAACAGAAUAAUGUUGUGAAUUUAGAAGGUCUCAACUUGUCCAUAGAUGAUAAUAUAAAUGGUGAAGAUUCAAAGGCAGAUAUAAAUAACAACAAAAAAAGUUCUCCUUUUAAGGGGAUUGCACUGGAAGAUCCAGGGCUCAAAGUGCAGCAAAAAGAGAUGGAGCUCGAGAAAUCAGUUUCUCCCAGAACAGCGAGUUCUCCAUUUUAUGUGACUGUAGAUGGAGAUAUUGAAGAAGGAGAAAUUUCUGGAGAUUUCAUGGGUGAUGACCUAUCAAUAGAGGAUGAUGUAGCAUCAGAGAUGAAGAAGGGUGAGGAGGAGAGUAUUUCUGAAAAUAUCAUUAAUAAAGAAGAGUUCACUUGUAAUGAACAAAAAAGAGUAAAUGAUAAAGAUUCUGAAUCCACUUCUAAAAUUGUAAGCUCAGUAGAUAAAGGGGAUCAUGGAGUGGAAGUUACAGAAAGUAAUAGAAACCAGAUGAGGUGUAAAUCUCAAAUGGGUCAAGGUGGAAGAACUAUAAAUGGUGCAAAAAAAACAGAUGGUUCUGACUGUAUGAGAGAAGCUGAAACAACUAAAAUGAAAGGUAGCAGAGCAAAGGUGGACUUUGACAAUCCAGCGAAUUUUCUAGAUGAUUUAGUAUUCCAUGGAGAAAGCUUAGCUGAUAAUGCAGCUGAAAAUCUUUCAAUUACAUCUGUCAAAGAGGGUGCUAGGGUUACUAAAAAAAGAAAGCGGGUGCUUUCGAAAGAAAAGAGAGUGAAGAAAAAGCAAAAGGAAAGAAAGAAACGAGCAGAAAAAAACAAAGAGCUUGGUGUUAAAAGAUUGAGACUGCUUCCAGUAUCAAAGCCAAAAACUGUAACAUAUUGCCGUCAUUAUCUCAAAGGAAGAUGUCAUGAGGGUGAUCACUGUAGAUUUUCACAUGAUACCAUACCGUUGACGAAAUCCUCGCCUUGCUGUCAUUUUGCACGUGGUACCUGCAUGAAAGGGGAUGACUGUCCAUUUGAUCAUCAGCUGUCCAACUAUCCCUGUAAUAAUUAUGUCUCAAAAGGUUUUUGCAGCAGAGGUGAUGAUUGUUUGUUUUCACACAAGAUGCCACUCAAGGAAAGUUCCCCAACUGCUGUUAAUGUUUGCAAACCUGUGUCAGAGCCUCCAUCUCUGCCCGGUAAGUCAUAUUCUAAGAAGCUGGACAUGAAUGGUACCUCUCAUCAGAAUGGCAAUUCUUUAUCCCACUCUGUUGGAAUUUUCCCUCAAAGUAAUAUGGAAAAGAAAGUGGCAGAGACUGUGCUGAAACCACCUGAGCAGGCAUCCAGGGGAAUAAACUCUCUCUCCUUUGGGAAAUCACCAAUGGACUAUUCUGGUAAGCUGAAACAAAUUGGUUCAUCUCCUAAGAUGGAUGAAGGUGUCGAAGUUGACAAACAGAAAAAUCAAGGUGAAGUUCAAAACAUGAAUGAAAAGGCAAAGAGAACUCCAGUUACAGUGCCCCCACGGGGAAUAAACUUUCUCUCAUUUGGCAAAGCUCCAUUGAAUGAUUCCAGUGUUAAGGAACUAGCUGGCUCACCCUCAAAUAGGGAGGAUGGUAACAAAAUAUCGCCAUUAGGUGAUUCCAACAAGUACAAACAAGUUGGCUCAUCAUCAGCAAGGGAUGGCAACAUCAAUGUUAGCAGUCAACUUAACCAAAGUGCAACAGAAAGUAUUCAUAAGUUGAACGAGAUGUCAAAUGGAAGGCAACCUGCAGCGGCACCUCCAGGAAUAAACUUUCUAAGUUUUGGUAAAACUCCAUUAGAUGAUUUGAGUAGUAAGAGGCAGUCUAAAUCACCUUCCCAGAGCAACAAUGUAAUUGAAAUACCCAUUCAAGAGAGACAAAGGGCAUCUAGUGGAUUUCAAAACUCAAGUGCAGUUCCAUGGGGGCUUCCAGCUUCCCCAAUUACUUCAGUUUCAGACCAGUUAGUCCAUGGACAUAAUAAAGACACAUCAAGCUCAGCUCAGAAGGCUCUCUUGUCAACGCUAGCAUUUGCAGCGAAGUAUGAAUCUGCCUUGAAGAUAGAUCGGUCCAUUGUUGCCCCCUCUGUCAGCAUGGAGGCCAAUAAAGAAAUUAGGAAUGUCAGUAAUAGUGAAGGUUCACAAAACAAAUCGAUGAACGCUUCAACAAUUUUGGAUUUCUUAUUUAGUUCUGGUGGUAAAACCAAGCAAUAAAGAGAGAUGAUGAUGAUGCAAUGGUGCUUUGCCUUAUCUCUUGUGCUUGAAAGGCAAAAGAGACAGUCAUUUUUUUCCAUUCUUUCCCAUGGCAACUAGCCAGGCAAAAGGUUUUCAUAGUAUUAGUUUUUGGAUACAAGUGACAGUGAGUUAACAUUUUUCAAAGCAAUAGAGACAUUCCUUCUUGUGUUGUUGAUUUGGAGUUAUUCUCCAUAUGGCUAGUUUGUCACAGUUGCAGUCACAAGUUAUUUUCAAAUGCAUCUCUGCCAUCACAACUGCAGACCAAUGCCAUGGAAGCAUGAACAAGGUUACGGGGAAACAACUGUACAAGGUUCAACUUGCUUCACUACGGUGGAUGAGUGCUUUCUAUGCUUUCACUCUGCAGAAGUUAUCUCCGGAAAAUCCUCUAGUGGGCUACAUGCAUCCAAGGUAGAGCCCCCCUUGUUUUGAAUGAUCGAAGACUUUUAAAACGGGUUCAGAACCCGAAAAGAGCUGGACAUACUGAAGCUAGCCCACCAUGAGGCCUCUGGCAGAGGAGGAGAGGAGGAGGAGACUCCAUGGAAUGGUUGGUGGGCGAGGCAAAAGCAGGGCCGGUGAGCUUUGGGAAACAAGUUCCAAGUUUUUGAUGUUAAUGAUGAUGAAGAAAGCUUUUGCUGUGAGAUGGUUUUAUGCUUCCAUUAAGCCUAACACCAUCUUUUUCAGAGGAGGGGCUGCAGUGCUCCAUCCCUUUUCAGGUUUACAGGUGGAAGACUCUUAAUGGGAAUCAGGCGACCUGAUUAAGACCAUAGAUGCCUUUCUCCGUGAUUAAUGGAGUGUGUUAUGGUGAUGGAGACAUUGUACUUGUUCAUUCUGUGAUUCUCCUGGUGCUUAGUAUCUUGUAGCAUAAGGGGCAUGAUCAUGUAUUUUUUCAUAAAAUUUGAAAAUAAUAAUUAUUAUUUUUUGGUUUUGAAGAAAA